GGGCAGCAUACAGUCUCGAGUCCAGUCGGUUCAGGUUGGUUUUGACCAAGAGUUUCUCCCAACUAAUAUUGUUGACGUGCUUGUAUUCGAACUAGUGAAAAGAAAGUAAUAUGGCGGAAGCGACUGAAACUGAGCAGAAACAACGGAAGUCCGUCUCAUUUACCGAAGGGUCAGUCAUCAUGGAUACGAACGGGAAGGUGACCGAUACUCUUCCUGCAGGCGACAAGUCCGCAACACCGGACAAGGAAGUCGACGAAGUGACAGAACUCUUUAAGGGCCUUUCCAAGAAGAAGAAGUCCAAGAAGUCUAAGGACACCGAGGCUGGCGACGAAGCCGCUCCGGUCGCAGACGGCGAGUUCGACCCAACUGCUUUGAAAAAGAAGAAGAAGAAGAGCGUCAAGAAGGUCGAUGCGGGUGAUUUCGAGGCCAAGCUGGCUCAGGCUGGUGUGAAGGAAGAGGGUGCUGAGGAGAAGGCUCCUGAAGUUCCCGAAGGAGACCUUGAAGCUGGCACUGGCAUCUGGGCCCAUGAUGCGACACAAUCUAUUCCGUACUCUCUUCUCGUGGCCAGAUUUUUCUCCCUCAUUCAGAGCCAUCAUCCCGACCUUCUUUCCAGCGGUACCAAGUCCUACAAGAUCCCGCCACCACAAUGUCUCCGUGAAGGUAACCGUCGUACGAUUUUCGCCAAUAUCUCGGAUAUUGCCAAGCGUAUGAAGCGUACCGACGACCACGUCAUGCAAUUCUUGUUCGCCGAAUUGGGUACUAGUGGAAGUGUGGAUGGAAGCAGACGUCUCGUCAUCAAGGGUCGUUUCCAGCAGAAACAGAUAGAGAACGUUUUGAGGAGAUAUAUUGUCGAAUACGUUACUUGCAAGACAUGCCGCAGUCCCGACACUGAACUCAACAAGGGUGAAAACCGCCUGUACUUCAUUACCUGCAACUCCUGUGGUUCCCGCCGUUCCGUCGCAGCAAUCAAGACCGGUUUCCGUGGCCAAGUCGGCCGCAGGAAGAGGCAGGGUUAAAGGUGUUGUUCUUCUUUUGUCUUCUCUAUUAUUAUUAUCACGGCAGCGGUCGUUUACGGCUGGUCCUUUUAUUCCUUUCCCCCUUUUUUGAUUCUGUUAUUCUCAUGUACAGGAGGCCAUGUGGAUUAGGUUAGGACUCCGUUAUGACAGGGCGGUGGAAAAAAAGCAAGACAGGGAUCGAGCGAAAUGAGAAAGUAGCGUGGCAUGAAAUGAAAUGGAUUUCAAUUCCUAUGUUGGGAUUUUAGCCCUUGUUUUCUAUACCGAUUUAGA